AUGGAUAAGUCGUCGUAUCUAUUUAUGAGUAAAAGAAAAAAGCUAAAAUUUUCAUUCAGAGCAAUGGAUAAAAACUCAAGUACUGAUAGCAAUAUAUCCCUGGAUAGCCUGGAAACUCAAUUCAAACGAAAAAAUUUCGUAAAAGGUAGAAAGACGGAUGAAAAUGUCGAUACAAUACUCGUGCCAUUUUACGAAAAAGACGUGCUCAUAAAGGUACCAAAGGAUCAAAAACGAAAACAAAAUAAUUCAAGUAAUAAAUAUAGAGCGAAUGAGAAAUUUAAGAAUGAACUGUCGCAAACUAGUUAUUUGGUAAAUAAAGAAAGAGAAGCGAGGCUUAAGCGACCCACCUACCUAGAAAUGUUCCGUAAGCAGUUCACACCCAAUCAUAUUGGUAAAAAGAAAGAUAAGAAUGAAAUACGUUCUUUAUCACCAGAAUUUGGUGAUACGGAAAGGGAAAGUAUUGGCGAUGACGCUAAUAAUCCCAUACCAGAGUUCUAUAAUACUGAGUCUUAUAACGAAAUGUAUUACGAAAAGCUUUUGUGUCGUGAUCUGCAGAACUAUAUAGACAAUUCUUUUGAAGACCAUGAAGAGGAACUGCGGUUUACUGAAGAUAUGGUAAGUAAACCAGAUGAUAUACGUGAUGAUAGUCCUGAUAAUCUAAAGAGUGUUUCGGAGAUCACAAAUCCACGUCGUAAUGUCAGACGAGCAACAAUAGAGCCCAUACCUAAUGUAAAGCUGGGAGGUUUGGGGCCUGAUUUAGAACAAAUUAAGCCGAGGCUUGAAAGAGCAAGGAGUUUACAAAGAUAUUCUGAGAAAGUAAGAAUGGAAAAUCGAUUAAAGAUUUAUAAAAAAACGUACCAAACCCAACCUGAGAAGAAAAUUGAAAGAGAAACAUCUGCCAAACACAAGGAGCCACGAAAGGAACCACCGAAGAAAGAACAAGAAGAGGUUCCUCCCACUUAUUUGGUUAACAAAACUAUAAACGAAAAGGGUAACAAACUAAGCAAGAAUCCAUAUUUGAAAUCCAAAUCGGCUGAUGUCCAGAGAAUAAGAGAGAGAAAUGCAGAGAAGGAACAGAAGCAGUUAACUGUGAAGAAGAAAGAGAUUGUGAAUCCGAAACUUGAAACUAAACAAAAGGUGGAAACCAAACCCGAUAAAAAGACGCAGAAUGAGGGUAAAGGUAAACAAGCGACAAAAUCUAGCUCCAGGAACAUGGGCAUCAAUACUGAGACUGCGUCAGACGUUGCGCCAGUCCAAAUAAGUUUCAUGGUCAACGUUGGAGGUGUACGUCAGUCAAACGCCUUGAAGUCUUUGGAGGAAAAGCAUCGAAUGUACCAGGAACAAGUGAAAGCGUUCAUGGAAAAUAAUGACGGUUAAUGUCCUUUCUAUGUAUU